AUGGCAACUACAAUGCCUCAUGGUUGGAAGUUGACUCGGGCAGAACAAUCACGUGUACACCACCGAGCUGCAGAAUUUCUCAAUACUGUUCAAUCGGAAAUCGAGGACGUCUACACUUGUACGCCUUUGCAAGAAGCUCUGAUAACACUCUCAACCGCGGGAUCCACGGCUUACGUGAAGCGGAUCAUACUCUCUCUGCCGCCUGAAAUCGACCUGACAAAGUUUCGUUCCGCAGUUGAGAGCGUGGUCGAAUCAUUAGCUAUACUACGAACUCGUAUAGUGCAAUUUGCCGACUUAGGUUUCCUACAAGUUGUGUUGAAAGAAAAAAUCCAAUGGCCUUCAGAAAGCGGUACCCUCGCAGAAUUUCUCGAAAAAAGCCAAAACGAGGUUUGGAAAAUCGGAGAUCCAUUGUUACGAUAUUCAAUGAUUAUGGAUAGCCAAGAGAAAAGUCGCUGGUUUGUUUGGAGAAUCCAUCAUGCCAUAUAUGAUGGCUGGUCAUUUUCAAUACUGGCCGACCGUGUUAGCAAGGCAUACACAGGUGGCCAAACUGAUUUAACAAUUGGAUACAAGGCUUUCGUACAGUAUUUGUUGGACAACGAAAACGACAAACAUGGAACAUACUGGCGUUCAUCGCUUGAAGGAAAUCUGUGUACCCAAUUUCCUUUGCUACCAAACCAGUCCUAUAUGCCACAUGUGAACUCAAAAAUUAAACAAGAUUGUUGUCUGGUGAAGAAGGUCCAGGGUAUUACGAGAACGACGAUGCUGAAUGCUGCAUGGGCGAUUACUAUCCGUCAAAUCCAACACGUCGAGGAUGUCAUAUUUGGAACGAUCCUGUCUGGAAGGAAUGAGCCUAUUCCUGGGAUUAAAAGCUUGAUUGGCCCUACCGUCACGACAGUUCCCGUGCGUGUGAAAAUCAAUGUUGAUGACACCAUACAAAAUUAUUUAGAAAAGGUGCAAAAUGAGGGUGAAGAGAGAAAGGUGUUCAGCCACCUUGGUUUACAUGCGAUUUCUAAAUUGAGUGGCGAUGCUCGACGGGCUUGCAGUUUCCAGACACUUUUUGUGGUGCAGCUUGGGGAGGAAAGUCAUGCAAUUACCAAUGAUGUUGGGGUUUGGCAACGAGUCGAAGCUGAUAUUGGCCGCUCAUCCUACGCAUUGACUAUCCAGUGCUUUCUCAACAAAGAAGAGACGAGGAUUGCGGCUGCUUUCGACUCCGCGGUUCUGGAGCCUUGGAUGGCACGUAGAUUGAUUCAGCAAUUAUGUUUUGUUGUGGAGCAACUGAUGAAGCCAGACAGGUCUCGGCCAGUCUCAGACAUCAUAAAAAGUGUGUCAACAACAGAUAUUCAAGAGAUCUGGAAGUGGAACGCGGAGGUGCCAGCCCCCACCGAGACGUGUAUACAUGGUAUUAUCUCGGACCAUGCACGCCACUAUCCUCUCGCCCCCGCUAUUUGCGCAUGGGACGGAGAUUUGACUUAUGCACAGUUAGACAGCCUAUCCACCCAGCUUGCAGAUCAGCUGGUCGAAUUGGGUGUGAAACAGGAAGUUUUGGUUCCGCUGUGUUUUGAGAAAUCCAUGUGGGUGCCCGUGGCCAUGCUUGGUGUCUUGAAAGCUGGUGGCGCCUUUGUUCCUCUUGAUACCUCGCAAGCUGUCGACCGUGCCAAGGCCAUACUUGACGAGAUCAAACCUGUCGUCGCCGUCGUGUCCAAAGGGAAUCAGCAGUUCAUCCAACAGCUGGGAUAUCCCUCUCUGGUGCCGGAGGAGUCUGCGACGGCAGGCCAAAGCAACAGGCGUCAUUUCAUCCCAAGAACUACCCCUCCUCAUUCGGCAGCAUAUGUCAUCUUUACAUCUGGCAGCACAGGAACACCUAAAGGUGUCAUUAUCGAGCACCAGGCUGCGAGCACAAGCUUGUUAGCCCAUGGAGCUAAAUUGGGCCUAUGCAGGGCCUCAAGGUUUCUUCAAUUUGCGUCUCAUUCCUUCGAUGCUAGCAUUAUGGAGAUUUUUGCGACUCUCAUAUAUGGUGGAUGUGUCUGUGUGCCCUCAGAGGAAUCCCGGCUCCCAGGAUUGACAAUGAACAUCAACGAUAUGGAAGUCAACACUUUGUUUCUCACGCCAUCUGUAGCUCGUCUCUUGCAGCCAGAUAAACUUAGUUCACUCACAACCCUUGCAAUAGGAGGAGAGGCCGUAUCGUCUAGCGAUAUUGAGCGAUGGAGAAAGUUGCCGAGGCUCCUUGACGGUUAUGGGCCAACAGAAUGCACAAUUCUGAGUGUGAUGCAGCUCCUGACAGCGAACAUUCCACCAUUUACAAUUGGAAAGGCGGUUGGCUCGGUUGCCUGGGUGGUAGACCCUAACAACCAUGAAAACCUCAUGCCAGUCGGAGCAAUUGGUGAGUUGCUGAUUGAAGGCCAUAUUCUAGCCCGCGGGUAUUUGAAUGAUCCAUCCCGAACAGCCACAUCGUUUAUCAAUGAUCCACCAUGGCUGCUGCAAGGAGCUAGUGGCUACCCCGGGCGUUGUGGGCGCCUGUACAAGACUGGGGACCUGGUCCAGUAUGAUCAAGAGGGUAGACUGGUCUACAUUGGACGUAAAGAUACACAGGUGAAGAUCCGCGGUCAGCGGAUUGAGCUGGGCGAGGUGGAAUACCAGAUCCAUAAAUUCUUGAAUCGUUUCAAUGAUGCAGAAAUAGACACAAAUCACGGGAAAGCUUCAGCAUCUGAGAUUAUCGUCGUUGCAGAAGUCGCCAUACCUCGCGGCAGGCAAAGGCCCAGGCUGGUAGGCUUUCUCUGUCCUGGAACUAGUACCAUCAGAGAUUCCCAUUCACGACAUAGCUGCGCCUUAGUCGUGCAGACUUUGGUGGAAAAUCUGAAUGAGAAACUUGCAACGGUUUUGCCAUUCUAUAUGAUCCCUAGUGCCUACAUCCCUUUAGAGGAUGUCCCAGUGACGGCAAACGGAAAGACAGAUCGCCGUCGGCUGCGUCACAUUGCCGAGGAAACUUACUGGGAGCAUUCCGUUCGCAAUUCUCAGCAGGGUAGGAUCGCCCCAUCAAAUUCAAUUGAGGAGAAAUUGCUUUUCAUUUGGGCUGAAGUGCUUAAUAUUGACUCAACCUCCUUGUCCACCGACGAUACUUUCACUCAUCUUGGGGGGAUUCGAUAA